AUGGAGAUGCAGAAACAGGAGGGGCUCCUAACAGAUGCUGAGAUGGAGUCCAUGACCUCUGUUCAAGCAUCUGAAGUUGAUGAUUGGGCAAAUUUCAAGGACAAUGAUAUUAUGCAACAGCAAUCUGCUAUCCUGGCUGAGGAAGCUGAGAAAAUUCCGUUUGUGGGUGACAAGGAACCUCUCUCGUCAUUGGAAGCUGAAUAUCAGUCAGGAAGCAUUAUUUUGCUCGAGAAAAUAAAGGUGCUGAGUGAACAGUAUGCUUCCAUCAGGAGAACAAGGGGAGAUGGAAACUGCUUUUUUCGAAGCUUUAUGUUUGCUUACCUUGAGCAUAUUCUGAAUUCACAAGAUCGAGCAGAAGUUGAUCGCAUCACAGCCAAUGUGGAGGAAUGCAGAAAAACACUUCAGAGUUUAGGUUAUGCAGACUUCACGUUUGAAGAUUUUUUUGCGUUGUUCCUCGAACAGCUUGAAAGUGUUCUUCAAGGGAGUGAAGCUUCCAUUAGUCACGAUGAACUCGUACAGAGAAGUCGAGAUCAGUCGGUAUCUGACUAUGUUGUUAUGUUCUUCAGAUUCGUUACCUCCGGUGAAAUACGCAAACGCUCGGAAUUUUUCGAGCCAUUUAUACUGGGUUUGACCAAUGCGACGGUAGAACAGUUUUGCAAGUCGUCUGUGGAACCAAUGGGCGAAGAGAGUGACCAUGUGCACAUUACAGCCCUGUCAGAUGCAUUGGGUGUGCCAAUUCGUGUUGUUUAUCUAGACCGCAGCUCAUGUGAUAAUGGUGUUGUAAGUGUAAAUCAUCAUGAUUUCACUCCUCUCACUGGUGAUCUGCCCGCUGAUGCUGCCACUGUUGGUGGCCCUGAGCCCAUCAAUCCAUUUAUUACCUUGCUAUACCGACCGGGCCACUAUGACAUUCUUUAUCUGAAAUGA